AUCUAACGAUCUUCAUGAAACCCUAGGGUUUUUAUCGUCCUCAUUCUUCAUAAACUCGCAGUCUACACUCUGCUGCUCUUCGCGCUUCUCUCUCCUCCUUUCUCUCUCCUCAGCUGCUGUCGCAACAAUGGCCUUUGUGAAGGCUCAAAAAACAAGGGCUUACUUCAAGCGUUACCAAGUAAAGUUCAAGAGAAGAAGAGAGGGAAAGACCGAUUACCGUGCCAGGAAUCGAUUGAUCAACCAGGACAAGAACAAGUACAACACUCCUAAGUACCGUUUUGUUGUGCGAUUUACUAACAAAGAUGUAACUGCACAAAUUAUAUCUGCAAGCAUUGCUGGUGAUAUUGUUCUUGCUUCAGCCUAUGCUCAUGAGCUUCCCCGCUAUGGGCUUGAAGUUGGUCUUACUAACUACGCUGCUGCAUACUGUACUGGACUUCUUCUUGCAAGAAGAGUCUUGAAGAUGCUUGAGAUGGACCAGGAAUAUGAAGGCAAUGUUGAGGCAACUGGUGAGGACUAUUCUGUUGAACCUGCUGAAACUAGGAGGCCUUUCCGUGCUCUUCUUGAUGUUGGUCUUAUUAGGACAACUACCGGAAAUAGAGUUUUUGGUGCUCUUAAGGGAGCACUAGAUGGUGGUUUGGACAUUCCACACAGUGACAAGAGGUUUGCUGGUUUUGCUAAAGACGGCAAACAACUUGAUGCUGACGUCCACCGCAAGUACAUCUAUGGUGGACACGUUGCUACUUACAUGAAGACUCUCAUGGAGGAUGAGCCUGAGAAAUACCAGUCUCAUUUCAGUCAAUACAUCAAGAGAGGGAUUGAGGCUGAUAAUUUAGAGGCUCUGUACAAGAAGGUUCAUGCUGCCAUCCGCGCUGAUCCUAGUGCCAAGAAGUCUGGCAAACAGCCACCAAAGGAGCACAAGAGGUACAACUUGAAGAAGCUGACAUAUGACGAGAGGAAGGCUAGCUUAAUCAAGAGAUUGAAUGCCCUAAAUGCUGCUGCUGGUGCUGACGAUGAUGAAGAGUCAGAUGAAGAAUGAAAAUCCCAUCAGCAGGCUUAUUAGGCAAUGAGUUUUUGUUUCAUGCAGUUCAACUUAGAAACAUUAAGUUUUGUUGGGUUCACUUACAUUGGCAUUUUUGCAGGAUCAUGGACUUGUUAGAUCUUAUGAAAAGUUUAAGUAAUGACAGAAUGGUACUUCAGUUAUUUGCCCUUCUUUUCACUGAGGUUUUCUUGAUGUUUGAUCAAAUUAUAGCUUUGGUGUAUUUGAUAAGUUUCUGCUUCUUAAUGUGUUGUUCACUUGUAAAUGUUGAAUGGUUUGCUUCUU